UAUAUUUGCUGUGCAUUGCAAAUAGAAAUGCUCAGCAUUCAAAAUGAGGGAUUCGUUGUGUUUUUCGAUUUUUUUCGUUGGAAUAUUUGUCGUGUUGAUUAAUGAUGGAUACAAAUAAAGUGAUAUAUCGAGCGAUGCAUUAUAAGUAUAAACGAAAAAAAAAUGUGCAUACUUGGCGAUUAUUUUAUAUGCUGAAAAACAAAAAUCGAGUGCCUGAUUCAGUUUGACUUGGCACGUUUUUAAGUUCAAGCGAUUUGUUGGCACCUAUCAGUCCAACCGAUAUUAGUAUUCAAGCAUUAUCACAAAUAUCGUUACAUCAUGACGACAAAACCACAACAGUUUUUUAGAUUGUGUGAAAUAGAUGUGCUCACUCGAUCAAAUUGUAAAAUUAAAGAUCCUGAACAUGUUUUAAAAAUAAUAAAUAAUAUUAUUAGCGGAGGCAACAAAGAAUUACAAAUUGUGACAGAUUUUGAUUUUACACUGACGAAACAGAAAACGCACGACGAGAAACCGGUUUUAUCUAGUUUUGGCAUGUUUAGAAAAUGUAAAUCAUUGCCAACAUCAUUUUUAGAGGACACCAAAAAGCUAUACGAAAUAUACCGGCCCAUCGAAAUUUGCCCAAAAAUUACGCAGAACGAAAAAAGAAAGCAUAUGAUUGAUUGGUGGGUGCAAAGCCGCGAUUUAUUAAAAGGUUUUCCAUUUGAUUCCACUGAAAUAGAGCAAUUAGCCAAAGAAUAUGGACAUGUACUGCGAGAUGGAACACACGACAUUUUUUCACUUUCCGAAGAAAUGAAUGUACCAAUUCUGGUAUUUUCAGCUGGAUUGGGUGAUUCAAUUCGAGCAAUUUUACGGCAUGAACAAAUCUUUUUUCCAAAUGUAAAACUUGUAUCAAAUUUUCUUAAAUACGACAACGGAUUACUCAAUGGAUUUUCCGAUGAUUAUCCUCUUAUUCAUACCUUUAAUAAAAAUGAAACUGUUUUAGAAGGCACAGAAUAUUAUGACAUGGUUCAUAAUCGUAAAAACGUUAUUCUCAUGGGGUUUGUAAUGAUUCCGUUCCGUUUGAUUACACUGUGUGUCACCAAAAAUCUAACUGACAUGAAAGACACCAUUUCCGCAUAAU